AUGAGGGUGCAUUAUUUUCUCUUGAAGAGACACUUUAGAGUCACUGAUUAGAGAUGUCAGAGAAGACGCUCACACACAUCCUGUGUGUGGUUGAGGAAGUGUGUUUAGAGUCGACUGCAUGUGUGAACUGCUUCGGGGCAGUGCUUCAAUAAGAGCUGAGUGGCUUUCUGUCAGGUGAAAUUAAGAGAAAAACAUUUGACGCAGUUGGCAGAAUGCUUCAAAGAAAACCAUCCAAUGCCUCUGACAAACCAAGGAACAAACCCAAGCGAUCCACCAGUUUUGGGAUUUUUGACAGACAGCAGCCCACCCAUGUCAAGGCAGAAGAGAAGGUAGAAAGUUUGCCCGUGGAAGCAGCUGAGGUGGAUCCCAGUAAAUCAGGAGGUCUCGGGAAGAAGAUGAAGAACAUCUCACUGACCAUGCGUAAAAAGAUGGGCCGAAAAUACACUAAAGCCCUGUCAGAGGAAAUGGGUGAGGAGAACGAUGCUGCGGCGGCUGAAGUCGUGGACGGCACGCUGGCCAAAGGCUGCAACCACUCCAGUAACUCCAUAGAGAGUUUGUUCAGCUUGCACAGUGGCCAGAGUACAUCUAGUGGUGUGACCAGUGGCUCCGAGGGUUGUAGUAACAGGGACAGCCUGCGUUUAGAAGAAUAUGUGCCCUAUACGGGACAGUUCUGCGGAAGAGCCAAGGUCCACACCGACUUCGUUCCCAGUCCAUAUGACACAGAGUCUCUCAAACUCAAGGUGGGAGAUGUGAUUGAUAUCAUCAGCAAACCUGCAAUGGGAAUCUGGACUGGGGUGUUGAAUGGUAAAGUGGGAAGCUUUAAGUUCAUCUACGUCAACAUUCUGGUGGAGGAAAGUGUGCCGGAACCGAGGAUUCGCUCUCACCGGAGAAGCAAAAGACCUCGACCCAAAACUCUUCAGGAACUUCUGGAAAGACUCCAUCUGGAGGAGCACAUUUCAUCUCUGCUGUUGAACGGGUAUCAGACAGUGGACGAUCUGCGGGAUUUGAAGGAGCAGCACCUCGUGGAGCUCAAUGUGACCGACCCAGAACACAGACACCGGCUGCUAUUGGCGGCAGAAAGCUUGCAGGACCCUGAAUAUAAUAAUCAGAGCAAUGGAGAGACAGACGAGGAGCCCAAAUCUCCCUCUGAUCAAGUCAAAGCCGAGCUGAGCGACUGUCCCAGAGACUCAGGCUGUUACAUCGGAUCUGACUGUUCAGACAACAGUAAAGAGGACGCAGAGAGCCAGCCGGCCCCUCUCAGCCCACCUGCAACCCAAGCAUAACCACAGCCCUGCAUAAUGCUGUUUAUCUCGUCCUCGUCUGCCUCUGGUUGGUGCAAAGACUGUUACCCACUGGCCACAACCUAUUUUGGUCAGAGUCUUGACUGUGUAAAGAAGCCUUUGUGUUUCAGAGCUGUUGCAUUAAGGUGUUUCGGUCCAGGGAUUGUUCUCUGAUGACACUGGAUUGCCAAAUCAAGGACACUGAGAGAAGUUGUUAUAGAUAUUAACGAUGACAUGUAAAUAUACUGUUAAUAUGGUGAGAUUGGUUAAGUUUUGCUCUUGUAAACAGUUUAAACUUUGCCUUGCAGAUGUUAGACAAAACAACAAACUACGGAAAUUACAAAUGCAUUAUUUUAGGCAAUAAAAAUAUAUCUUUAUAUCAUA